UUGACCAUCUGUUUUCUUCUCUUUACAAUAUUCCCCCUUAAGUUUUCCUCUUCUCUGUUGUUCAUUUACUCUACCCCCUCUUCAUUUGUCCUUCUCUAGUCUUCCAAUUGAGAGGCUCUUUAGCCUCUGCUUCCUGUCUCAUUUUCUCUUCACAGAACUGGCACCUGCCUCGGACUUCUGGGCUUUCACAUAUCAAGUUAGCCUUGCUCCUCCAUCAUGGCAAGCCUAAAGAAUGUCAGCGAACUACUGGAGGAUGUGUCCUGCCCCAUCUGCAAGGAAAUUCUACGGGAUCCUGUCAUCACUGAUUGUGGGCACAACUUCUGUCGGCAAUGCAUCAAUCAGAAAACUACAGCUACAGAAAAUCCCCAAUGUCCGCUCUGCAAACUCCCUGUGGAUAAGAAUGCAUUCAGGCCCAAUAUGCUGUUGGGAAAUAUUGCAGAGAAAAUCCAGGCUAUGGAUCUUGCUGAGUUCCAACCAGAAGAAAAAGAGCCAAGAUGUCAGAAGCACAAGGAAAAGUUCCAUUAUUUCUGUGAGAACGAUAACAAGUUCCUCUGCAGGGAGUGUCAUGACUCCAAGGACUACAAAACCCACGAAGUUACCUCGAUACAUGAGGCUGCCCAGAACUACAAGGUGCAGAUUGAGACACAGCUCCAGAUCUUGGGGCAAAAGGACGAGGAAAUAAUUAAAAAGAAAAAAGAAGGUGAAGGAGCAAUCCAGGUGUUCAGGGCCCAGGUACAUCUAGAGAGACUAAAGAUCCUUGAGGAAUUUAAACAUGUGCGCCAGAGACUGGAAGAGGAAGAGAGAUUCCUCCUGUCCAGGCUGAGCUGGCUGGAGCAGCAGGGAGUCAAGCAGAUAGAAGAGUAUGUCACUGUCACAGAGGGACAGCUGACCACCCUCAGAGACCUCAUAAGGUCCCUGAAAAAUAGGCUACAAGCGCCAUCGAUGGAGCUACUGGAGGACAUCAAAAACACCUUGGGCAGGAGUAGAGAAUUUGAGUUUUCCAACCCAAUACCAGUUCCUACGAACCUGAAGAAAAAAAUCAAUGAAGCGAAAGCAAGACACGAGUCCAUCAUAGAAAGCCUUAAGAAAUUAACAGACAACCUGAACACUGAAGGGAAGGAAGAUAAAAGCACAUUCCUGAACAGCCUGGAUGAAAAGGACAUGGAGAACUGGUACCUGUUACAGAAGAAUAACUCAGAUUUGCCCACCUCAGUACCUACGACCCUGGACAUGGCCUCAGCUGACCCAAACCUCACCUUUUCUCAGGAUCUAAAGAAAGCAAGCUUGUACGUCAUCGACGGCACAUUGAAUAGGCAGGCAAAACCUCCACAAUUCGAAAAAUUCCACUGUGUGAGGGGCUCCCCAGGCCUCUCCUCAGGCCAUGGGGUAUGGGAGGUGGAAAUUCAGGGACCCUCAGAUCAGGAUGGCAUAGUGGGCGUGGUCACUGAGUUGUCUCAGGGGUUCCAGAUUCCGAACUCUGAGCCAAACUGCUUGUGGGCACUGCAGAUCUCGUCCUCUGGAUGUCAGCCAAUCACCAACUGCAGUAUUCGGGAGAAUCUCCCAUUCUCUUAUAGGAAAGUGGGCAUCUACGUAGAUUAUGAGCAUGGAGAUAUAGUCUUCUAUGAUGCCAUCACUAAAAAACACAUCUACACUUUCCAAACUUCCUUUGACAGACAGGUCUUCCCUUAUUUUGGGCUCAAAACUGCCCGCAGCUCUAUCACCCUAAGCCCCUAGGACUGUACCACUGUGGGUCCCUCAGUUUCUUCCCCACCCAUCCCUCAUGAUUGAAUGAGAUGCAAGUGGAAGGAAUGAAGCUUGGUCCUACUCGGGCACACUACACACCCUACAUACCCUAUAUAUACUACACAAACUACACACACUAUACACCCUUCACACACACUACACACUGCUCAUACCGUACAAACCCCACAUACCCUACACACUCCACACACCCUACAUACCCUAGACACUCUCCACGCACUACACAUCCCACAUACUACACACCCCACAUGCUACACACAUUUCAUACUCCCCCCACCCUACACACACUAUACAGCCCACACACUUUAAUACCCUACACAUACUUCUUUCGGUGAAUAAAGAAGACAGUAGAAUUUCCAAAUACUAACCACAAGGCUUUUCAUUGCUGAACUUCAUAAAAGGACAUGAUUAGAAAUGGCCAAACUUCAGCAACAGCCCAUUGGGAAAUAUCUGGCCACUCCCUGCUUGAGCUGCAAGUCCAAGACGCUGCCCAGCACCCUGCCUGCCCCUUUCUCUACUUCACUACCUGCAGUUCCUAUGACUCUGAACUUGAGCAUCUGGCUCUUGCCCAUUCCUGAAGUCUGAGAACCAGAGGCUACAUGCAGAAUCAGCCAGGCCUGUGCCAGUUUGUAGACAGGACAGUCUUCAAUCAGGGCUGUAACCUUUUGACAAUUCAAAGCAACUUUGUCACCCUCAACAACUCUGCCUUCAAAUUAAAAACAAAACUGUAAAUCAA